GCGGACAGCUGAAGCACGUGUUCGUUAUCGGAGGUUGUGAUGGAACCGAAGGCACUCGGAGCUACUUUACGGAUCUGGCGGCCGACACUCCCGAUGACUCGAUCAUCCUCACCCUGGGCUGUGGCAAGUUCCGUCUGAACGGCAGGGACUAUGGCACCAUCGGGGGCAUUCCCCGCUUGCUCGACGUCGGUCAGUGCAACGACGCCUAUGGCGCAGUUGUCAUUGCAACAAAGCUGGCCGAAGCCCUGGGGUGUGGUGUACACGACUUGCCGCUGCACUUUGCAGUGUCCUGGUUCGAGCAGAAGGCUGUCGCCGUCUUGUUGACGCUGCUUCACCUUGAGCUGAAGAACAUCCGCUUGGGCCCAAACCUACCGGCCUUUAUCACACCGAAGGUCCUUGCGGUCCUCGGCGAGAAGUUCGGCCUCAAGCCUGCCAACAUACAUGCCGAGGAUGAGGACUUGGAGGCGAUGCUGCAGGGCAAAUGA